GUGCAGGUGCUGAGUCUCAUCGGGAGAGGAUGCGGAUGGAAGGACGGGGGAGGGAAGGGAUGAAGGGAGGCUACGCUGGGGAGACGACACCGGAUGUGUGAGAAGCAGCGGCUGUCGCUAAAGAAGAGGGAGGCGCAAGGUCGAAUAUGAGAGAUUUUGGUCGAGCGAACGGGGCACUUUGCGUGGCGAUAGCUGGCUGGCAAUAGUACUAUGAUUUGGUAUGUGGCCACUCUGAUAGCAAGUGUAUUCAGCAUCAGAGGGACGGCCGCUCAAGGUGCCCACGGAGUGAGAGAGGAGCCUCGGUUUGUGACGGCACGCGCCGGCGAGAGCGUGAUCCUGGGGUGCGACGUGUCCCCUCCCCUGGACGGCCAGCAGCCCCCCUACGUGGUGGAGUGGUUCAAGUUUGGAGUGCCUAUUCCCUUCUUCAUCAACUUCCGCUUCUACCCUCCUCAUGUGGAUCCAGAGUACACUGGUAGAGCCUCUCUGCACGGGAAGGCCUCCCUGCAGAUCGACCCGGUGCGCUCGGAAGACCAGGGCUGGUACGAGUGCAGGGUCCUGAUGCUGGAGCAGCAGUCCGACACCUUCCAUAACGGCAGCUGGGUGCACCUGACGGUCAAUGCCCCGCCUACAUUUACAUCGACGCCGCCGCAAUAUGUGGAGGCGAAGGAGGGGGGCAGCAUCCUGCUUAGCUGCUCUGCCCAGGGAAACCCCAAACCGAUGAUCAGCUGGCUGAGGGAGGGGGAGGACCUGGUAACCAACGCUAAAUAUUCGGUGCACGACGGAAGCUUGACCAUCCUUGGUAUAACUCGGGACGACAGAGGGGCAUACACGUGCAAAGCCCACAGUGACCAGGGUGAAGUGCUGCACACCACCCGGCUGUUGGUUCAAGGGCCCCCGUUCAUCGUUUCCCCGCCAGAAAAUGUCACCGUCAACAUAUCGCAGAAUGCACUCUUCACCUGCCAAGCGGAGGCGUAUCCUGGCAACCUGACCUACACCUGGUUUUGGGAAGAGGAUAACGUCUACUUCAAGAACGACCUGAAGCUCCGAGUGCGCAUCCUCAUCGACGGCACCCUCAUCAUCUUCCGGGUCAAGCCAGAGGACGCCGGGAAAUACACCUGCAGUCCGAGCAACAGCCUCGGCAUCUCGCCGUCGGCAUCGGCGUACCUGACCGUUCAGUACCCCGCCCGAGUGAUCAACAUGCCCCCGGUUAUCUACGUCCCUCGGAAACUGCCAGGCAUCAUCCGUUGCCCGGCGGACGCCAACCCGCCCGUGACAUCGGUGAGGUGGGAGAAAGAUGGCUACCCUCUGAGAGUGGAGAAGUACCCUGGCUGGAGCCUGAUGCCAGAUGGAAGUAUUCGGGUAGCAGAGGCCACAGAAGACUCCCUGGGCACCUACACCUGUGUGCCUUACAACGCCCUGGGUACCAUGGGCAUGUCCCCCCCUGCCACUUUGGUGCUAAAGGAUCCCCCUUACUUUAAUGUGAGGCCUGGGGGGGAGUACCGUCAGGAGGCCGGGAGAGAGCUAGUAAUCCCUUGUGCUGCUUCUGGAGACCCCGACAUUCCAAGUAUCACUUGGAGAAAGGUGGGGAAGCCAAGUAGGAGCAAGCACAAUAUCCUCCCCAGCGGCAGCUUACAGUUUGUGUCCCUCGGCAAGGAGGACCACGGCGAGUGGGAGUGUGUGGCGACCAACGUGGUCACAAGCAUCACUGCCAGCACGAGGAUCCUGGUCAUCGGCACCAGCCCGCACGCUCCCGGCAACAUCCAUGUUUUGCCCUCCACGACCUCCGCUAAUGUGUCCUGGGAACCGGGCUACGACGGCGGCUUCGAGCAGACGUUUUCCGUGUGGUACGGCCCAGUGUCAAAGAGAAUAGACUUCGGUCCACAUGACUGGCAUUCAAUGCCGGUUUCUGGUGCUCAGACUUGGUUGCUGGUGCCAGGGCUGGAGCCUGGGACGGAGUACCAGUUCAGUGUGCUGGCACAGAACAAACUGGGCACAGGCCCGUUCAGCGAAGUUGUGACAGUCAACACUGCAGGCUCACCCCUGGGUACCCCAGAACCACUGGUGCUUCUUACUCCACCGCGGUGCCUCACAGCCAAUCGCACGCAGCACGGUGUCCUCCUCACUUGGCUCCCCCCAGCCAACCACUCUUCCCCCAUCAACCGCUACAUCAUGGAGUUCCGCCUCGGGGAGCGAUGGGAGAUCCUGGAUGACUUGAUCCCGUCCACCGAGACGGAGCUCAUUGCCAGAGACCUCGUUCAGGAAUCCUGGUAUGAGUUUCGAGUGAUGGCCGUCAUGGAUGACCUGAUCAGUGAGAGCAGCAACGUAGUGGGCGUGUCCAGCACGGAUCCUUUCCCCCCUGCAGAGGUGGCUGAUGAGGGGCUGGCGCGGCCCGUGGUGGCGGGCGUCGUGGCAACUAUCUGUUUCCUGGCAGCGGCGGUGCUGUUCAGCACCCUCGCGGCCUGCUUUGUCAACAAGCAGCAUCGGCGCAAACUGAAGCGUAAACCGGAUCCUCCCUUGUCGGUGACACACUUCCGGAAAAGCAUAGAAUCUCCGCCUCCUCUCACCCCCUUGCCAGGGGUAGAGCCCUGCUGGGACGAGCCUGCCAGGAGCACUUUCUUGCCCCCGCCCGCCAGCCCCCUGUUGUCAUCAGGGAAGAUAAGCCCAGAGAGCUCCCCUCCGUCUCGGCCCCGCUCCAUUUCUUCAGACGGCUCCCACGGCCCCGGCCUGUACGUGAGGAAGCUGCCCAGCCCUCAGAGGGAAAAAGACAAAGAGCUCUCCUUCUACAAGAAAACCAAGCGUGCCAUAGCCAGCAAGAAGUACAGCGUGUCCAAGCACGAGUCGGAAGUGACCACGCCCAUCGAGCUAAUAUGUCGCGGCCCAGACGGCCGCUUCGUCAUGGAGACCAGCCCACGGGCCCGCCGGAUUCAGGGCUUCCCCUUCGCCGAGGAGUCCGACUUGUACCCCGAGUUCCGGCAGUCUGACGAGGAGAACGAUUUUGACCCCGGGCCUCUGCCGCCCAUCAUGCCCACGCUGCGGCCCCAGCUCUCCCCAACAUCCUCCAGCCUGGAGUCAACGCAGCCCCCCACCUACAGCCCCCACCUACACAGGGCCAUGGAAGGUAUGAGCUUUGCAGAGGGCAGUGCACUUCAUGCCUCAGGGCAGGCCCCGUCCGCCCGCUACCGGGGCUUCCCCCAGGGCCCUUUCUAUGGGUAUUUAGGCAGCCGUAUUGAAUCAGGGAUUCCACCACCAUUCUACAUGCCUGACAUCAGCCCGCAUAGCUCUGCUCUGUCCUCCCCCCCAGGCACCGCUGAGGGGCCCUUUGGUUACCCUUCCAUCCCUGAGGAGAGUGGAGAGAUGGAGCACCAUCAGUACACUGCCUCUGGCCAUUCUCUGUCUCACACUCACAGCCCCUCCCCUCGCUCACCUGACAGCUGGCAACCUCGCGAGUUACCCUUCCUGGGUCUAGAGGGUCCACGCUUCAUGUUGCCCCCUCACCAUCCCUCGCAUCAUCCUCCGGACAUGCCAGAGCUACCCUCUUAUGCCCCUCACUCACUUCCUCCCGGUCGCCUUCACCUCCCUCCCCUUUCGGAUCCAACAAGCCUGAGACUCCUGCAGCUGGAGGUCCCUGUGGCUCCCCCAGGCAGAGACAGGCCCCCGGGGCCUCCGGUUAGGCGUUUAGCUAUGCAACAGGCCCAAAGUCUCGGCCAGCUCAGACACACGGCCCAUGGAGUGGGUGUACCAGUGUUGCCUUACCCUGACCCGGCAGCCCGUGCAGGGAGCCCAAGCACAGCCCCCAGUAGUAGCCCCCAGUCCUGGCUCAGCCCGAGGGCAGGACGACGAGCAGACCCCACCCUGCCCCCCUUAGUACUCCAGCCCUCCCGUCUUUCUCCGCUCUCCCAGAGCCCACUUAGCACCCAGCCGGGUUCUCCGGAUAUUCUAGUGCGCCCCCCUCCGCGACCCGGCAUCCUCCGCACCUCUCGGUCUCUGGAGAUGCCUGAGCUCACCCUGCAGCCCUCGGCCGCUGCCACUUUCUCCCGGAGGUCCUCUCUGACCGCCUCUCCCACUCAGAGUCAGGGAGGCCAACUGGCAAGCCCCAGUUACCAUGCCGCCCACAUGUCCUAUGCCUCCACGGCAGCCAGUUACCCCUCACAGUCCCCCUCUCCCCCGCCGGAGGGCAGGGAUGUUUUCGGGCAAAGGCCAUCCCAGAGACGCACAGAGGAGGAGAUGCUACCCUCAGAGCCCUCCCAGCUCCAGAUAUCGGCCUCAGGGGAACCUCUAGGUGCGUCUGGAGAUCCUGCUGGGUCUGAGAGCUUACCAGCACUGCUGCACCACUGUAUCGCUAAAGCCAAGGGAAUGGCCGCCAAAAACAACAAUAACAAUGCCACUUCCGCCAGAAGAACCGGUGCGGCCCCCUCUCAGACUCAGCAGUCAUCUCAGACACCCCAGGAGGACUUGGAGCUCGGCAGAAAGAAGAAAAGGCAGAAUAAGAACCCCUAUUUAUAUUUGACCUCCUUGCUGCAUCGUGGGCGGUCGGAGGACGACCAGACAGGCAUCCUGACCAGCGCGGACUCCGAGGCCCCCAAUUACGGGACCCUGCGCUGACGCGAGGCGCCCGCCUUCGUUAACGCCAGGCCAAGCCAUCGAACUCGACUAAAAGCCCCCUCGGCCCGCCGUGCUCCACCCCCCGAUCUUAGUAUCAAGGUUUCUUAUCAUCUCUGGAGUCCACGGGGCGAUCAGGAGGCAUCCAUGUGAGUACAAAGCAAGACUUCUUCUCCUCAGUCGUCACGUCUACUCGACCACGAGGGACCUGACUUGAAGAUGUAUACUGUACAUAGAUAGUAACAAUAAGGGAACCAAGCUCCCUCCUAAAGUAAUAAUUAACAAAAAGAAGUGUUGUCACAACACAUGAAGAUUUUUCACUCAUGUGAGGGCGGGCGGGGUUCAUGGUUUUUUUUGUUUUAUUUGUUUUUUUAGUGAUACAGUGUACUGUUAAGGCCGGUGCGUUCACGGACCGAGAGUCCAACUUUUCCUACAAUACAAAUAGUGUCAGUAUUUAAACACAGGGUUCUUACCACCAAAUAUACCUCAGAGUAAACGCAGAGUUGCUGUAAUUCUUGUGGUAUACUGUACGUACUUGACCUUUUUACAUAUGGAUGGACAAAAAAAGGUUCCGAGUCACACAAGGCGCUCGCUUUUCAACACUUUGCUAGCCUUCUGUUCCCGCUAUUAGCUGGCAUCGUUGUGUUUAUUUAGCUGUAUUAUCCACUGAGACUGUGUCUUAAUGUGUCGAUGUUAUGGCCUUCGCGAGAACACUCCAACGAACUCGCCAGAGGUCGUACUCGCUGGGGGUUAGACGAACAGGGUGACGAAUCGUAAAUGUUCCCGUAGGUUGACUUUCACUUAUUAAGGAAUAACUUGUGACGUGUGGCACAUCUGGAGGUGCCUUUUUUUGCCUUUGCGCUCGUGUUUUUUCUAGCAUAAACUUGCCUUUUCCUUUGCCUCCUCUCUGGGAAGGACACCAAUACUAUUCAUGUGGUUCUAACUUCUUUCUUUGCCGAGGAGGGCAUGCCAGAGAGGAUGCAUGACGACUCCUGUUUGUUUGCUUACAUUGCCGUGCAUUUCUAUGGAAGACCACGCCAGUACCUGCGAAAAGAUUCCAAGGAAUGCACAGGCUUCAAAAAGGACACUAAAGGCAAAUAAACCAAUAAAGAAAACCUGAUGCAGACAGAAUAAAGGUGCUGCAUGUUAAAUAGGAUGCCUCGUUCAGCUGGAAAGUGGUACAAGCAAUGAAUAAGAAUAAUAAUACAGUGGACCCUCGGAUGUCGGACAUGGUCGAUAAGAAAUCAAGUAGCAUUGCAGUGGGACCUCCAAGGUUCAAACCCAAUCUUUUCACUACUUUAUCUUCUAACCAAUGCACGAUGGCUACUGACGGGCACUCCACUGGGACAUGCUGGUACAUUUGUCUAUGGAAUUUCACCUGGAGUUGUCCAAUCUUGAGGUACCACCUGAAUCCAUCCCAGCCGUUAAAUUCUCAUGUUGAAAAUACUGUUAAGCUAAUGUUGUGAGUUGCAUUUUAGUUGCCGUAUGCACCCCAGUAUAAAGCUUUUCCCUGUGAAACGCCGUCUUAUAUUCACAUGGCACCAAAUUACAUCUCCCCAAGCAUGCCACAGCUUUUCUUCCAACACAAAACACAUAAAAAAGUGUCAAAGGUUGUUAGUAAGGUAGCAAGAUAAUGCUGACCACAGCAUUAGCAGUCUUCUUUUGUUGGUGGUUUUCGGUUUGCCACAUAUUUUUUCCUGAAACUUUGGUCAAAUGGCAAAUUCUAUGACCAUUGGGCGGUCACAUUUAUGGACAUACCAAUGUCGGUUAGUGAAAGCCAAUCAUUCAUCUUCUUCCGCUUGCCUGAAAUCUGGUCACAGGGAAGAGUAGAAUUCCCUCUCCUGGCCGACUUGGUCCAGCUCCUCCAGGCGGAUCCUGAAGCGUUCCCAGACCAAUUGAGAAACAUAGUGUCUCCAAUGUGUCCUGGGUCUUCCCCAAAGCCUCCUUACCGGUCGGACAUGGAGGAAGAGUGAUUCUACUCCGAGUUUCUCCUGGAUGACAUUGCUUCUCACCUUAUCUCUAAGGCAGCGCAAACAGACAAGCGACAGACAAAAUUCACCUCCACAAUCUCGUCCUCCUCAUUACCUAAAGUUCAUGACCACAGGUGAGGGUAGGAACGUAGAUCGACCAGUAAGUUGUGAGCUUUGCCUUUUGCCUCAGCUCCCUCUACACCACAAUGGGCCGAUGCAGAGUCUGCAUCACUGCAGAGGCCGCACCAGUCCAUCACACCGGUCCAUCGCACCAGUCCAUCACACCGGUCCAUCGCACCGGUCCAUCGCAUCUGUCCAUCGCACCACACUUUCCAUCGCACGUCCAUUUGCUCAGUACCGUAUCAUUAUUUAUCAACUGCCCAAACAAUUUCUUAGUGUGACAACGAAAUAAUGAUUCUAGAUUGAUUGUGAGUAGCAACAUUGAUUAAUGAUGGGAAACACUCUAGAAAUCAACAUGUUUUUGGAUGUCUGGAAUGGAUCAAAUGAAUUCAUCCAAUGGAAGAACGGCUUUGGUUCGUCUGAGCUUGUGGAAGAAAUUAAUAACAGAAACUGAGGUCCUACUGAAUUUGAACUUUCACCAUAAUAAAACAAUUAAAUACUGCAGCAAAAUUCAUUCUGGUACAAAUACAACAGCAAAAAAUGGUUCAAUCCUUACCUUGAUGGGUCCCUUUAUGAUAAAUUCACAUUAAAGCAAAAAAAACCCACAUUUUUGCGAGGUUGACUCUCAAACCGUUCCAUUUCCGAGGAUCCACUGUAGCAAAGAACAACAAAUACCAUGACUGUUUAACUACUGUAUAUUACUUGCUAGCUACUUCUCUGUAUGUAUUUUUUUCUUUUUUUUUGACACUAGCCGAUAAUGAAUGUAUGUUUUUCGCUGUACAGGAAAUGAAUGUCCCGAUGUCGCAGUUCAUCGAAUGACCGCUGACGUUGUUGAGGUUGAGGUGCAGCUGCAACCUGCACCCAGGCCAAAAUUGUUAAACCGGUACUGUUAGACCCAAGACACAAGCUCUCUUUUGUUGUUUAGUUAAAACAGGAAAGAAUUUGCCACACACAAAUAUGAAAGAACGGGAAGGUUGCCUGAAAGUGAGUGUUAAUCGGUAUCAUGUAUGAUACAAGGAUAUAAGGACAAAAAAAGAUCUAUAUUUGUUAUGUACUGUACAUGGUGUGUAUUGUAUUUGUAAAGAGAAACCAUGUUAUACAGGAAGACAUGUCUUCUUCGAGGACAUGUGAGGAGCCCACCAGAGAAAUUAGAUUAUAUAGAUUUAUAUUUAAAAAGAAAAUAGUAUUUGCUUACAGUUUGGCUUUAAGUGGUUUGGGAAAUAUUUGAAGGUGCCUCGUUUAUCGUACUUUUAGCGCACAUUGAGAAGGUAUUAAUGGUGGUAGCAUACAAUGUAUCCUCGCCAUAGCCUGCCGGCUGCACAACUCUCUUCUGGUUGUUUACUUUGCCCAUACGCUGCUGAUCAAAAGUUUAAGACCAGUUGAAGCUUUUAAAAAGUGUACAUUUUGCACGGUUGGAGGUUCAAAGUGGUGCUUCAGAAUACAAAGUAAAAAAAUGGGGGUGUGACAAAAACAUUUUGAGGAAGCAGUUUAUAAAAGUGAAGUAGAAGAUCGAAGAUCACAGCCUUUAAAAGCCAAAAUCUAAGCAAGCAUUUGGAUUGAGUGUCAUUUUCUGUCAGGUAUUCCAGUGUCACGAUCUCUUGAUGGCAAAGGCAGAAACCCUUUCUCUAUUUGAGCAUGGUGACAUUGUUCAGCUGCAUAAGCAAGGCCUCUCGCUGUUGAGGUUGGACUCAGUCGAACGGUAGACCCAAAUAAUGUCACCAUGUCGUCUGAGCUGGACGAUCCUAUGAGCUGGACGAUCCUAUGGGCUGUCCAUCAAACACACUGGUGGCAAAUGCAGGCCAAAAACCAUCAGCCGGCAUCUGUGGGAGAAGGCUUUUAAGAACAAAAAAGGUCUUGAAGAGCCUCGUCUCCUUUGCCUGUUUGGAAUUUUUUAUCGAAAAACCAAACUCGGAUGAUUGAAAGGAAGAAAGUUAACGUUGUAACCUUGACGGCCCUGAUAGCUUUCAACGUUACUGGCAUGAUAAGGGGAUCGCACCUUUGUCACAGUGUAGCGGGCGCCAUCAUGAUCUGGGGUGCUCUAUCCUUCAAUGGAACUUCAGGUUGUGCAGGAGCGUCAAAUGGCAGUGGCUUUGUGGAGAUGUUGCACUGAACAACUCUACAGUUCACAAUGUUUGCCUGACAAAGGACUUCUUCCAGAGGAAUAAGCUCAUUCUUUUGGACUUUCCUGUGUCUUCCCUUGAUCUAAAUCCGAUUGAGAACAUUUGGGGAUGGAUGGCAAGGGAAGUUUAUUAUUCCAGACAGCAGAUGCGCUCCGUAAAACCAUCUUCCCCACCUGGAGCCUCCUGGAAACACUGCCAUCAAGCAUGCCCAAAGCCUUUUGGAGGUGACGAAAAAGAGCGAUGUUGCUACUCAUUAUUGACUCCUUGAGGUUUUUUUCAGCUAUGGUCUUAAUCUUUUGAUCAGUUGACAAACAGCCUCUUUCACUCCAAUGCCCGUUUGCAAUACAUUUUGCAUUUGGAAAUUCUACUUGGAAGUUCCUUCAAAUCCAACAGUACAAAAUAUAAAUCCUUGCAGUCUUUCAACUGGUCUUAAAAUUGUGAUCAGGAGUGUACAUAGAAGCUUUCGAAACAGACUGGUAUCGUCUGGAGAAAUUCAUUUUGGCUGCUCACGAGCACACGCGUAGAUUGACUAGUCAUCCAAAGCUAACAAAGGCUGACUUCAUGUACAGGACGUACCGUUUACAUUAGUUGGAGUGUGGUAGUCGCUUCUCAGCAUAACGACUUGGUGCUAUGUUAAUCUCUGUGGUGCUGUAGAGUAGAAUAAUCGGAAAUUCUUUGUUUGGAACCUGCUAAACUAGCCCCCCCCCCUCGUCUCUUAUCAUAACAGUGUGACCAUGAUGGUGAUAGACCGUACUGGAAAAUAGUUGUAUACUCUUUGGUAACCUCAAAAUACUAGACUAAUGACCUUCAAAUGACCUCGCGAUGACCUGUUUCUAUAGCGUGUGUGUGCGUGCGUGUGUGUGUGUGUGUGCAGUGUCUGUCUGUGCUUCCAGGGUACCCUCUCUAAAAGUAGACGAUAUUGAGAUAUUGAGAUACUGAUAUUGAGAGCCUACAAAGAGGAAGCAUAACCUGAUUAGCAUCGUAGGACACACGGGGCGGACGGGAGAGCAGCGCCGGGUCGUCUCUUUGGUACACAAAUGCACCUGUAGGUCCACCAUCUUGAUUUUGCAGCGCUGUUUUUCUAAGCACACGACCGCAGGACAUCUCACGCCACAUCUCAAUGGUCAAAGAGACACUUUUAACUGCGACCUCAAAUCAUUUCUGGAGUUAUCUUCACUACAACGGAGCGCCAUAAGAUACGGCCGCCACUUUAACAACAGCACUCUACUAAGUUAACUAGUUAGCCACCAAUUUAUUUAUGCUAAACUUACUGAAGGGUUUCAAAUAGGGUGGGGAAGAUGACCAAAGUAGGAAGCCAAAUCUUACCACUUCCACACGGAAUUAGAGGAUAUUUUUUUUCCUCGCUAUCAUAUUGGACGCCUCAUGACCCGACUACUACUAAUAUUUUUGGACUAAUAACCGGCCAUAGUCAACCACAAAGCAGCACUGGAUGAAUUACUUAAAAGAAGGAAAAUUGAUCUCCCGUAAAAUCAAACCUUGUUUUUAGAUAUUUUAGCAGCAAUUUUAGAUAUAAUUGCUGCUGAUUUGUUUCCAUCUUAUCCAUGAGGCCAAAACUCCAGAAGCGAACGUCGGUGUAAAAAGUGUCUCCUCCUUUCUAGUACUGUACAGGUUAGCCACGCAGUGUCAUCGAAACACAGAACGCUCCACAUCCUCGACUUGGGUUUUUAGUAACGGAUGUCGUCUUCAGAGAUCUUUUUUUCUUCCAGCAUUCUGAACAAAAAAAAACAUGUACAGUGUUAAAGAGGGCUGCUUUGGACGUACUGUUAGCUGCGUUUCUUUUUGUCCCAACUUCUCUGCUUCGUGCAUCACUAGCUCCUGUCGGGGUGAUACUUACAACUAAUUUGUUUCUUUUUUUAUUGUAUUAAUCCUGCAUGUAGAGACAAUACAAAACCGCCUAUUUAGCAGUCAUUCAUGGACAUCCGAGCUGGUUGUUGAUGGACAGAAACCUAGAAUAAUAUGUAGUAUUUUCUAUAUUCUCUGUUUUUUCAUGUGUACCAGCACUGAGGAACUAGAAUGUAUUGUUAUGAUUAUUAUUAUUAUUAUUGUAGGCUACAAUAAGCACUACAUUGUUAACUGUUUUAGCAUAAAUGCUCAUAAUCAAGCAAGCCACAUAGUGCUUCGAGGAAGAAAAUAUACAUUUCCCCUCUCCAUCCACCCAACUCUGUGCUGACAUGUUUACAUUCUGUAUUCGGGUGCAACAUCACUUCCUGGCAUUUUCUUUGUCUUUCCGCUCAUCUGUAAAUAUGUCAAAGCCAACAGGUUGUGUUCCGUCAUCAGGUUUAACGCUUCACUCAAUACUAUGUGAGCAAUGAACUCAUACUGUACGGUGCUGUACCAAAGCCUUAUGUAUGAUAUUUGUCUUACUUUCCCCACCGCUGUCCAGUCACAUCUGUAAAGUCAUCUUCCAACGCUCAUGGAUCUUUUUCUUUGUGUCAAGGAGACGGAAACAAGCUACAAUGUAAAAAAAACAAAACAAAAUAGAAAACAACAGCCUGGCCUGGCUCCACCGGCCGGGAUGUAACGCCUUUAUUUGAAAGGGAAAGCGCACAGAGCCUCGCUGCUUGGUGGCGGAGCGCACCAUCUAUGCUCCCCCCCCCACACGGCAGCAUCGUCGUUCACGUCACCAUAUCAUCUCCGAUGCUUAGUCCCAUAAGGAAGUUUUUCUCUCAAAUUUUUGUAUUUUGAUAUAAUAAAAAAGACAAAAGAGGUCUUCCCCUGGCGUGCUGUGGUCUUUUUUGUCAAUGUGUGGACAAAAAUGUUGGGACGCCUGGCCGGUCCACCCGCCCAGGAGGUCAAAAUGGAAGAAAAUACAAGGAUCCUGUUAGGACUUAGUACAAGAUAUCCGUCCUGGUCAUUUCCCCCUCCCCAAACAUUACAGGGCCGUCAAAGUGGUUUUCAGUAUGGUUGUGGUUACCCUCAGGGGGGCCUCCUGAAAAAGCCUAUAAAUGUAUCAGCACCUUAUAUUACACAUUUGAUUAUUAAAAUUAGCAUUUUGUUUGUAUUGG